AUGUUGGAACAUAAUGAAGAUAUGUACCAUCGUGAUCAUGAUCAAUCGACUGCUUUGUAUUUCGCCGCUCGCUUCGACUCAGUUGAGAUAGCAGAAAUUCUACUGGAUGCGGGGGCUGAGCUAAAUGUGUUGAAUAACAAAAGCAACUCAGCUCUUAUGGUGGCUAUUGACUACGGCUCUUCCAACGUGGCCGAUUUCCUGCUUCGCCAUGGUGCUCAGAUCGGUCAUUACGAUAAUUUUGGCCAAACAGCAUUUGAUGUUGCGGGGAGCCUCGAGAUCGUCCAGAAGCUACUGGACUGGGGAGUUGAUCCUAGUUUCUCAUUACCGAAUGGUCGAACUGCUCUUCAUAUUGCUGCUAUUUCCGACAAUAUUGGGAUCACGGAAUGUUUAAUUCAACAUGGAUCCGCUACUACCUGCAUGGACAUCAAAGAUUACACUCCCCUAGACGAAGCGGUAAUUAAAGCUAAAUCAAAAAGCACAGUGCAAUGGCUCAUUCGACAUGGAGGAUUCACAGGCCCGAAUGAAGCGGCACCUAGUGAGAAAUUAGUGGCUAAAUGGUCCGCUAUUACACAGCACGAGCUUGAGUCAAGGGAGAUCACAGACAUGACUGGGAAGGAAGUUUGCUACAGACUUUGGUUUCAUGGCCCAGAAUCCGAAAAGGAAGACACGGACGCAGAGACAGAUACUGGGUCUGAUGGAGUAUCCUCGAUAGAAUGCGCCUUCGCCAAUCUGCCUUUCUUCUUCUGGUGA